AUGGGCGCACCCCUCCGUGUGCGUGCCGAUACGACAGGCGACUGGAGUGAAGAGGCAUGCCGCACGGUCGCCUAUGAGCUCACGUCGUCUCUUGAUCUUGGAGAGCAUCGGAAUGCACUCGUUGACACCAUGGUGUGGAUACACAUGGUUGCAGCAGAUCUCGGCGAGCGCGUACGUGCGUGGACUGGCCGACAGUAUCAUCCGUCGCCACAGCAUCUUCUGUCGCUUUUGCAUAGUUUCAGCGCGAUUGUACGUGAACAGCAUGAGCAGCAUGAAGACCAGCAGCGAUUCCGUCUCAUGGGUCUUGACAAGCUCCGUGCGACAGUCGAGCAGAUCGAGGAAAUGCAGUCGCUUCUGUCCACGAAACGCAAACGACUAGAAGAUGCUAACAGUGAGGCAAAUGAUCGUCUUCAUUGCAUGGUCGAGCAACAACAAGUGGCUGAAAGCAAGCGCGAAGCAUCCCUCGCUCUCCAGACUGAGCUGCAGCGUCAGGAGGCGGCUAUGGCUCAGCAACGGGCAUCUGUCCUGCAGGAGCUUUCCGAGGCUGAGCCAGCAUUGCUAGAUGCACAGGCUGCUGUAAGCAAUAUCAAGAAGCAGCACUUGAGCGAGGUGCGGUCCAUGACCAACCCGCCGUCACCUGUCAAGCUGGCUAUGGAAUCGGUGUGUAUCCUACUCGGCCACCGGGUAGAUGGCUGGAAGAGCGUCCAGAGUCUCAUUCGUCGUGACGAUUUUAUCUCGACCGUCGUUCACCUUGAUACCGCCCAUAUCCCACAAGCACUACGCGAGCGUUUACAGCGCGAAUACCUUGACCGACCCGAGUACAAUAUCGACAGUAUAUACCGUGCCAGCUCGGCAUGCGGACCCCUCGCGCGCUGGGUACUAGCUCAGAUUCACUACGCCCACAUUCUCGAAAGCGUAGGCCCGUUGCGCGCACAAGUCCAGAUCCUGGAGGAGCAAGCAUCUUUGACACGCCAAGAGGCGAUCAAAGCGGAUGCCACCGUUGCCGAGCUGGAAGAAAGUAUUGAUUCGUUCAAGCGUGAAUAUGCAUCGCUCAUUAGCGAAACACAAGCACUAUCAAACGAAAUGCAUACAGUGGAAGCGCGCGUUGCUCGCAGUGUGCGCCUUCUUGAUGGUCUCAGCUCGGAGCGAGAGCGUUGGGAACAUGGCCGCGAGGCUUUUGAUGCACAGGUCAAAACCCUGCCAGGUGACGCUCUUUUGUGUGCGGCGAUGAUCACUUAUGCCGGCUUUUUCGAUCAAGCAUGCCGCGAAGCUUUAUGGUAUGCGUGGGUUGCGCGUCUGGGUUCAUGUAACGUGCCCGUGCGUGCUGCCUUGUCGUUUGCUGAUACGCUUUCGACGGCCGACGAACGCGCGGUCUGGCAGAAUCUGGGCCUGCGAAGUGAUUCUCUCAGCAUCGAAAACGCCGUGAUGCUCCAGCGAUGCACGCGUGUGCCUCUACUGAUUGAUCCUUCAGGCCGUGCGGUGUCGUUUGCUCAAGGCUUGUUCGCGCAUGCACAACCGGCGAUCACCUCAUUUUUAGAUGGUGGUUUUGCGCAGGUACUUGAGCGUGCGUUGCGUUUCGGUAUGCCGCUCAUUAUCACCGACGCCGAGUAUUUUGAUCCUAUUCUUAUGCCUGUUCUGAACGCGGAAAAGCGCCGCACAGGGGGGCGCUUGCUUGUGCGUGUCGGCACCUCAGAUGUCGACUGGGCUCCUUCGUUUCGGCUCAUACUCGCCACGAGGUACGCAGGCCUUGUAUUAGCGCCGCACGUAUUUGCCCGAGUCCAAGUGAUCAACUUUACUAUCACGCGUAAAAGUCUCGAGGCCCAGUCUCUCGCCAGAAUACUGCAUCACGAGCGGGCCGAUAUCGAGCAGCAGCGAGUGGAUCUGGAACGGAUGCAAAGCGAAUUCCAGCGACGUCUUUUGCGACUUGAACAAAGCCUUCUUACAGCGCUCAACGAGGCACAGGGUCACAUUCUCGACGACGACCAUGUCGUGAGCACACUUGAAACACUCAAGGCUGAGGCAGACGACGUGACACAAAAGGUGCAAGCUACUGGCGACAUCAUGACUACGGUCCAGCAGGCUACCGAAGCCUACGUGCCGUUAGCAAGCGCCUGCAGUGCACUCUACUUUCUACUCGAGCACAUGCAAGAGCUGCAUCCAUUCUAUUCAUUUGAUAUGCGUCUUUUCGAACGUCUCUUGCAGGAUGUGCUCUCCCAUCCAACUGCGACUGACUCAGAGAACGAUCGAUGCGACGCUUUGUAUGACGAAUUAUUCAUCAGCACCUUCUUUCGUGCGGCUCCCACGCUUUUGCAUGCUGAUGCUCUUGUGUUAGCUGUGGCGCUCGCGCAAGUGUACUGCCUAGCUGGAAGACGCGCUGGUGAGCUGGACGGAGCUGACUUUCAUGCUUUGCUCUAUGGCACAGACACUCCCACGCUACGUCUUGUCGAACACGAAAAGCUGACGCAUCCAGAGGCAUGGCAUGCAUGGACCAUGCAAGUGGCACCUGAGCUAGCCGAUGUACCGCUGACGCCCCUUUCUAGCGACACGGAAAACCUUGUGCGGCAGGCAUUAAUUGUGCGUACACUGCGUCCUGAUCGUCUGGCGCCUGCUCUCACGCGGCUAGUCCAUCAUAUUUUUGGUACUCCGCUCCUUGAUGCAGCACCGCCCACCAUUCACGACAUCGUCGAGCAAGUGUCAAGCGAUUCGCCCCUGGCCAUGUGUGGUGUAGCGGGCUAUGAUGCCAGUGGCAUUGUGGAAGCGUGUGCGGUGUCAAAGCAAAUGACUUGUGCAGAAGUCGCUCUGGGCUCACCGGAAGCCAUAGGCAUGGCAGACCGUGCUAUUAUAUCUGCUGCACGCUCAGGCUCAUGGGUGCUCAUUAAAAAUGCGCACCUAGCUCCGGUCUGGCUCGCACAGCUUCCAUCGCGACUGACAUCGCAAAAGCCACACGAGCGGUGUCGUAUUUUUCUUACAUGCGAGCUCUCACCAUCUGUGCCGCCAUCUUUUAUUCGCGCUGCACGCAUUGUGAUGCAUGAACCGCCUGCUGGAUGCAAAGCCAUUUUAUUGGAUGCUUUACAUGCUCUGGACUCGAGGCCCGCAUCGAACACUGAUAAGGCGCCUCCUGAGCGGGAGCGCGUCUACUUUUUGGUGGCCUUGCUACACGCAAUCGUGCUAGAACGCGCUCGGCAUGCGCCACUUGGAUGGUCGCACGCUUAUGAGUUCUACGAUACGGAUCUCGAGGCGGCGUACGCAAUCGUCGACACGUGUAUGGCUUCGGCUGCCCAGUCCAGGCGUAACCUGGCACCAGAAGUGAUACCAUGGCCCGCACUUCGCGCGCUAUUGGCCCAAAACGUGUACGGCAGUCGCAUGGACAGUGACGCUGAUCGACACAUGCUUGAUGCGCUACUGGCGCACCUGUUUAUACCCGCAGCAUUUGAGCGCGACUUUGUCAUUGCACCCAAUGACGUGCAGCCGCUCAUCGCACCCGAAGGACUGCACCGCGAGCAACUCUGUGCCUGGGCUUCUAGUCUUCCAGAGCCACAACCCGUGCACUGGGUUCUUUUAGCGCCUGAAGCCGAGCGUGCUACAGCUGUUCAGAACGCGACACGCAUCCUCCGGCACCUCCAAAUACUCCGACAGCUUGCUGGUCGCGAGCAAGAUAUCAUUGUGGACCAUACGCGGUCAGACACAGCACCUGCACCUCCUGCCACUUCCGAGCUAGCGGCACUAGUCGAGUCGCACCUGUCCAAAGUACCACGUUACACACGAACAGACACACCCAGUGCUACAGACCCGCUUGGACGCUUUUGGGCCCGAGAACGGCACAUGGCACUCAGUGUCAGCGACACGGUCUAUCGCGACCUCGAGCGUCUAGCUGAUGUACUUGUCCAUCGUGCACCACGGAGCAGCGACGUCUCUGAUAUGCUGUCUUGCAUCGAGAAGGACCGAGUCCCGGCAGUCUGGUGUACAUCAUCUGUGCCUUACGGCACUUCCUUGUGUGGAUGGCUGAAUGACUUGGGUGCGCGUACACAGCACGCCAUGCAGGAGACACACGAACGCGUAGAAUUGGGCCGACUAUGGGCUGCGUCCGCGUUUCUUACUGCCACUCGCCAGAUGACGGCGCGUCAUCGACACCAGAGUCUGGAGCAGCUUGAACUUCAAUGGCAUCUAGGCAGCAAAAGCGUUCCAGGCCAAAUGAUAUGGGAGAUCGGGCCUGUUUGGAUUGACGGCGGAGUCUGGUCGAAGGGCCAAUUGCAUCUGAAUAAUGGUUCUUCGACAUGCGUCUCGACCAGUACGCUGGAGUGGACGAUCCCUGCAGACACGAUUGCCCAACAACUGCUGCAUGUACCCGUCUUUCUCGACACACAACGGCAGCAUCUUUUGUGCCAUGCUGCUAUUCCCAUCGAUUCUGCUGCCGCGUUGGAUCUUGCCGCGCUUCGAGCUGUAGCGAUUCGGCUCAUGUAG